UAAGCAGACCUCGAGGGAACCUUUCCUUAGACACUCCCAAAGAAAAGGGAGUCUCUGAUGCAAAGCCUCUCAGCAACACAUCUUAUCACCUCCACCCCAACACGGGACUAAGAGCUCCAGUACAAGGUUGCAACUAACAAAGAGGCAUCGGACCUAGUAGUUCAGAUCCUGUUAAUAGUCGAGAGAAGUACACCAAACUGAUCAUGAUUGAAGACAAUAAGGAAAACAAAGACCAUUCCUUUGAAAGGGGAAGAGCAACCCUUAUUUUUUCCUUAAAAAAUGAAGUUGGAGGACUUAUAAAAGCGUUGAAAAUCUUCCAGGAGAAGCAUGUGAACCUGUUACAUAUCGAGUCCCGAAAAUCAAAGAGAAGAAGCUCAGAAUUUGAGAUUUUUGUUGACUGUGAUAUCAGUAGAGAACAACUGAAUGAUAUUUUUCAUCUGUUGAAGUCUCAUUCUAAUAUUCUCUCUGUGAAUCUACCAGAUAAUUUUACUGCGAAGGAAGACGGUAUGGAAACUGUUCCUUGGUUUCCAAAGAAGAUUUCUGAUCUGGACCAUUGUGCCAACAGAGUUCUGAUGUAUGGAUCUGAACUGGAUGCUGACCAUCCUGGCUUCAAAGACAACGUCUACCGUAAAAGACGAAAGUAUUUUGCAGAUUUGGCUAUGAACUAUAAACAUGGAGACCCCAUUCCUAGGGUUGAAUUCACUGAAGAAGAGAUUAAGACCUGGGGAACCGUGUUCCGAGAACUCAACAAACUUUACCCAACCCACGCCUGCAGAGAGUAUCUCAAAAACUUACCUUUGCUUUCUAAAUACUGUGGAUACCGGGAGGAUAAUAUUCCACAAUUGGAAGAUGUCUCAAACUUUUUAAAAGAACGCACAGGUUUUUCCAUCCGUCCUGUGGCUGGCUACUUAUCACCAAGGGAUUUCUUAUCAGGUUUAGCCUUUCGCGUUUUUCACUGCACACAGUAUGUGAGACACAGUUCAGAUCCUCUCUACACUCCAGAACCAGAUACCUGCCAUGAACUCUUAGGUCAUGUCCCCCUUUUGGCUGAACCUAGUUUUGCUCAAUUCUCCCAAGAAAUUGGCCUGGCUUCUCUCGGAGCUUCAGAAGAGGCUGUUCAAAAACUGGCAACGUGCUACUUCUUCACUGUGGAGUUUGGUCUGUGCAAACAAGAGGGGCAGCUAAGAGUCUUUGGUGCCGGCUUACUUUCUUCCAUCAGUGAACUCAAACACGCUCUUUCUGGACACGCCAAAGUAAAGCCCUUUGACCCCAAGAUUACAUGCAAACAGGAGUGUCUCAUCACAACUUUUCAGGAUGUCUACUUUGUAUCUGAAAGCUUUGAAGAUGCAAAGGAGAAGAUGAGAGAAUUUACCAAAACAAUCAAGCGUCCAUUUGGAGUGAAGUAUAAUCCGUACACACGGAGUAUUCAGAUCUUGAAAGAUACCAGGAGUAUAACCAGCGCCAUGAACGAGCUUCAGCAUGAGCUUGAUGUUGUCAGUGAUGCCCUUGCUAAGGUCAGCAGGCAGCUGAGCAUCUGACAGUUACUGGUCCUAAUCCCGAAGCAUCUGAGCACCAAUUCGGAGGCCUGUGGGCCAACUGUGGCUUUGCUUGAAGAGCUGAUUGUGGAAGGACAGCAGCCAAACAACAUUCUCUACUCCCAUUCUUUAAGGGACCAUUACUCUUUGAAAACGUGUACCCAGAUACCCCGAGCACACAUCUAGAUAUUUUAGCCACUACUUAUUUUUUUCUUUUGGUAACAGCUUUUGAAAGUAUAAUUCACAUGCUCUAUAAUUCACUGACCAUCCCAGUUUUUAUAGAGAAUUUGCUUGACCCAAUGGAUAGAUCUGUUCUUAGCUUGAUUUUUAUUUUCCUCAGUUCUUCUUGAGUAAAAUGAUGAUCACUUAAAAUACCUUGAUGGUUAUUAUGGAGCUAAUCCAUAUUGUUACCUAAGAUCCUCUUAUUUCUACAGUGUCUUACUUAUCAUCAAAUUUGGGCCAAGCUUGGUCACAUUCACAUGCCUCAAUUUAAUAGGAAACCAACUCUCCACUGCUAGCCUGAGCAAAAGAGAGCACUUUGCAUAUGAAAUAUGCCUAAUAAAGAGCAGAUAGUCUAAUUUUAAGUGUAAUGUCUUAUAGGGAAAUAGGAGUAUCUAAAUCUAGAAAGGCUGAUUGGGACAUAAUCGUUAAGAAUAUGUGACUUUAUUUUGAAGGCACUAGGGAGCCCCUGCUGAGUGCCCAUCCUCCUUGGGGAUGGUCUUUUCUUUCUAUGGCGCUGUGUAUGUUUUACACGAUCUGCCCUACUGAGAAGGCCAAAGGGAACUUAGUGGGAAUGCCACUUGCAAGGACCUGAAGCCCCAGAGACAUGCAGCCCCAGAGAAUGUCCUCAGGUUAGCAUGAGACAGUGUUGUUAGAGGGAGAGUUAAAACUGAGACAGAGGAGAGACAUACCAAGUUAAAGUUGGAAAGCAGUGCCAAGCACUUUAUCUCCAAGGUAUAAGGGGAGACCAUAAAUAGGAAGGCCAGGCCUGAGGGCAUAGGGUGGGGAAAUGGGGAAGAAGACGGUGUAAGAAAUGUCAGGAAGGGCAUUUUAGGCCUGACACUGAGACAGUGACGGUAGCUAGCACUGGCUUCUAUGUGGUGUCAGUGGUGUGUACAAGGAGCAGGCCUGGUAUUAACGGGUCUGGAGUCCACAGGACAGGCUUUUAUUUCUUCAGUUUGCUCCCUUUCUCCCCCUACCCGCUAAAAGAAGACUUUCCUCAAGCUUCUGCUUUUGGCCCUCUUUUCUCUCUGCUUUCUCUUCAUGGAGAUGUCAUCCAUGUCCAUAACUUCAAUUAUUAUUCCAGACGUCUCCCAUAUUUGCAAUUCUAACUCUUAACACCUGUCUUGAGUUUUUGCCUUUUAAAUCCAACUGCCUACUAGAUGUUUCCAUCUAAUGCCCCAUAAAUUAGGCCAAUGUUGUGUAAAUUCUUGUCACACUAUUUACAUAGAAUGAAAUGGGGUUGUGCAAAAUGGCAGCCCUGCCAAGAAUUUUAAACUCCAUAGGUCCAAAAAGGAACUCAGAAUCACCUGAGUAUUGUGCUCCAUCAGUUUCCUCUCCAACUGAUCUCAUUUCUAGUAAUGGUGAAUGAAACUGAAACUGUUAGUCACUCAGUCAUGUUUGACUCUUUGUGACGCCAUGGACUGUAGACCACCAGACUUCUCUGUCCGUGGGAUUCUCCAGGCAAAAAUACUGCAGUGGGUAGCCAUUCCCUUCUCCAGGGGAUCUUCCCGACCCCAGGAUCGAACCUGAGUCUCCUGCAUGGCAGGCAGAUUCUUUACUGUCUGAGCCACCAGGGAAGCCAGGGUCAUACUUUCAGCCAAUUUUCUGUUCUUAAUCAGCUACUUUAAAAACUGGGUCCUUUAUUUUUUUCACAUUAAUAGUCAAACUGUAUACCAUUUAACUUUUUUUUUUCAACAGAUCACUAGAUAUUUUAAUCCUUUUUAGGCCUCAAAGGAUAAUUUUAAAACUCUUGAAGUUUAUUUCAUUUUAUGUUAUACAAGGAAGUAGAAUUAGGAAGAGUAAUUUAUGCUACUUCAGAUUUUUACAUUACCUGUAAAUUUUAAUAGCUGAUCAACUGUUAAAUAUACCUUUGAUAGUACUAGAUCUAAGUCAGUUAAUCUGAAACCAUUUGAAAUACUGGUUAGGUAGUUUAUAAUAUUUGGUUGCAAGGAAAUCUAUGAAGCAAACCAUGAUAGAUAGCAAAUAACAACAAAUUAUGCAUACUGUGUCUGGUUACUUUCAUACAACCUUGAUUAUGGUAAAAAAUCAUAGUUAUUGAAUUUUUAAAUGAUGGUAUUUCAAAUCACUCUAUGAUUAAAACACACUAAAGUAAAUGUUAAAGACACAACAAUUAUAAUUCACAUCUUCAGAAUAAUGGAAAUAUUUUAUGAUUGAUUUCAGAUCUUCUAACCUCUGAAUUUGUGAUAUUUGGUACAUGAGGAAUCCUUAGAGUCUUACAGGUUUCACGCAUUUUAAAUAUAUUUCUUCAAAGCCUCAAGGAAUAUGUUAAUACUUACUCAAAUAUCAGAAUAGAUUUGAACCAAAAGUGUGGUUCAUAAUUCUUAAUCAGUGAGUUAUUACUCAGAGACAUAGAUGGUAUUUUCCUGACUUUUUGAAGAACACUUCAAAAUCUGGCUGUCAGAAUGCCUACAUUUCUUAAUCUGCCUAUUUUGUCAUUUGGAGUUAUACAGUGGUAACGACACACCAAAGUGUGUCCAAACUGAAAGAAAAAAAUCCUGGAAUUACUAGAGCAACACAUAAAGAGUUCAUAUAUUAAUCUCUAGGAAAUGUAUAAAGACACUGUGGUCUUAUUUCAGUCUUGUCUUUAUUUUACAGUGUGAUACACAUUUAUGAUUUGAAAGUUUGUUAGUCAUUUGGAUAAUAAAAGGACACAAAAUUUAUGUUUUCAAUAAGCAUAUAUUUUUUGUCAAAUGUAUGUUAAAAAUGGAUUUAAAUGUAUAUUAGCAAUUUUAUUAGUUUCAAAAAUCUGUAACAUCCUUAUUCUUUUUAAAAAACCUAUGAAUAUGUGAUAUAAGUGAAGUCAAAUACACCUGGAAAACCUAGUAACCACUUUUUGGAAUUCUUGAUAAAGUUUCAGUCUCAUGUUUCUCAUCUGUUAAGUGGGUUAGAUGUACUUUCCUGGGUUAUUGUAAGAAUUACAUUGUGAGAGGACUCUGUAAAAAUAAACUUAUUAGCCAUAUGUAAAGAAUCAUUGGGGCUUCUCAAGUGGCUCAGUGGUAAAGAAUCAGCCUACCAAUGCAGGGGACGAGGGUUUGAUCCCUGGUCCAGGAAGAUCCCCAAAGAAGGAAAUGGCAACUCACUCCAGUGAGAACCCCAUGGACAGAGGAGCCUGGCAUGCUGUACUCCUUGGGGUCACAAAAGAGUCAGACCUGACUUAGCCACUGAACAACAGCAAAGAAUCAUUAAUCUCCUUAUCAGGACGCCUUCAUAGCUUCUGAAUGAUUUUAUCUUCCUCCAGAAGGAAUUAACUUUUGCUUGAGCAGGCAGUGUAUAAUGGCAGGGGGUGCUCAUCUUAGUCCAGGCAGGAACUAAGUCAACUUGAUGAUAUGUUUCAGUCUUUGCUGCUGCUGCUGCUAAGUCACGUCAGUCGUGUCCGACUCUUUGUGACCCCAUAGACGGCAGCCCACCAGGCUCCUCCAUCCCUGGGGUUCUCCAGGCAAGAAGGGCUGGUCUAUCUCCAGGUCACCUCUACUCUUAGGGUGCGGCUCUUUGGGAUUCUCAAAGGAGAGCUUUGAGAAUGUACCAGGGCUUCUCCUGGGGGAUCCUGGACUUCUGCUCUCCUCUGCUUUACUCUUAUUCCUCCUGAUCACAUAAAAUUGCUAAAAGUACUGUUCAUUUUCUCAGCUUCUCAGCUGCUGCUUUCAGCCCAGCUCCUUCUUUUUUUUCUUUCAGCCCAACUUCUUAGCCUCCAAGUCACUGCUUGCUAAUUAGCAAAUGUUUCAAGCAGAAAAGUAGUGCCAAAUGAAAUCUCUCAGCUUUUAUAUCCUGGCCCUCCAAGUUCUGGCUGCUUUCAUAGCCCUCCAAUGACUUAAAACAAAUUUAAAAAAUAUUUUCCCAUCUUUCCUAAUUGUCUUUGGUGAGAGAACUGAUCUGUAGCUAGCUAAUCUGCCUAUAUUAAAAGCGGAAAUCUGACCUUGGAGUAAAUUUAAUUUCUUUGAGCCUCAGUUUUCUCAUCUAUAAAAUAAUGAUUCCAACAGUACUUAUUAUACCAGUAAAAUUGAGAGGAUCAAAUAAGAUAAUCCAAAAGAAAAAACUUCCUAACCUGUAUAGUAUACAGAAAUAUUCCAUAUACUCAGAAAACUUCAUAUUUUCCUCUUAUGGGGAGACAAGGCACCUGAAAGUGUUACCAACAAAUAAUUCAAAUAUAGCUUCAUUCAAUAAUUCAUCAAAUAAUUUGUAUCUAGCUUCAUUGCUCAAACUCAUGUCUGACUCGAUGGACAUGAGUUUGAGCAAGCUUGGGGAGUUGGUGACAGACAGGGAAGCCUGGCAUGCUGCAGUCAAUGGGGUCGCAAAGAGUUGGACACGACUGAGUGACUGAACUGAACUGAGCUUCAUCCAAGAACUGAAACUCAACCAAGUUGCUAAUGGGAAGAGCUAGUCAGUGGUAUGUACAUAGUUCAAAUAUUGAUAGUAGCUUCACUGCAACGCUUUCAAGAAAUUAUAUUAAGGGAUAUAACAUAAUAAUAUAAGUUAGUUAAAGUACUGAUGCAAGUACAUUCAAGGGAUGAAACUGGGUAACAACUAUAUUCUUCCAGAUCCUCUCACUAUGAAAACUGACUAGGUUGUUCCUUCAUGUGCCCCUUUGGAUGAAAUCUCAGGUCCCUGUCUUGAAUUUUCAGCUCACUUUAAGUCCUUAGCUUCUAAUCUCUUUCUCUCAUUUUAGUAUUUAAAAAUCCCAAUGUUGUGAAAAAGUUCAAAACAUUAAAUUUUAAGAUUAAAGUUUUUCCUCUCCUCUAG